ACAGUCGCUAAGGCCUCAGUUAUUGACAAUAAGCCGCCAGUACCGGUCGCAGUGCCGACGCAAAUGUAACCGGUCACUCGCGGGCAAUAGUUGCGUUCGUAAAUAACUAAUAGAUUCCGAAAUGUGUGCCUGUGUCAGGAUUCUUGUCCCGUUUCUAUUGAUUUCUGUCGUCUACGCUGUUCCUGUGGACCAUAUAAAUGAUAAGAUUGGUGAUUAUAAUGGCGAUCUCAAAGCAGACUCUUCAGAAAUCAUAUCUGAAGCGGUCGCAGCACCUCCCAAUCUUCAUGCCGCAGAAACGGACACAUCAUCAUCCCAAGCAGAUCAUUCCAUAGAAAUACUGGGGGAAUCCCAAACGUUCUUCCCAACAUUCGCGAAUUUGUUUGAACCAAGACAUCAGAAUAACUUUAGGUUUGAUUUUAAUAGCCAAGAAGCUGCAUACAGUCAAAGACCUAAUUCAUAUCGUUCCUUACUCAACUACCCAUUGUUUGGCGGUUAUAAGGCUCUAGAGCAUUUUACUAAACAAAGUACACCAGCUUCUGAGCCACUUGUUGAUGCCAGUGCUACUGGACUUGGAUCAGGAAACUUUGGUAUCAUAAAAGGAGGAACAUUCUUUGCUCAAAAUGAUGACGACACAGAUUUUAGAGACAGUCUUUACAACAAUGGUCACGGUAGACCAUCGCUUAACCUGGGAUACAUAGCAAAUCCUAGACCAAAUUAUAAUCAUGAUCAAUUCGCAAAUUUCAAAGAUUUCGCUGAUAUAAAUGCUCCAUCAAAUGCUUAUUCACACUUCGUUGUAGUAUAUGCCAAUAAAAACGCCACAAUGGAUGAGAUCAGCGAAGAAACCAGAAAUGUGAUUUACAAACCAAAAAAUAUAUUUGAAACAUUAGAACAGAUUGAAACAACAGUCCCGCCAAAAAUAUCGAAGAGUAAAGCAAAGCUAAGGGCGACAAAGGAGAAAAUGUUGAACAAAAAGGCCCAAUUUAAGAAUCUUGCGAAAUUCUCAAGUCCGAAACACGAACUCGAAGAACCAUUAUUAGCAUUAAGUUAAGGAUUUGUUUAUUAAAAGACUUGUUAUGUUUUAAGCCUAGUGAUAGAUACAAUUAAUAGAACAAAUACUUUUAUCAACCCCAAAGUUGUGAUAUGACGCUCACUGCCUGACUAAAUUAAUGUAAAAAGUGUAUAAAAGAGUGCUUGCUAUGAAGUUUGUGAAGAGAGCCUGUGGAUCAUAAUAAUAUAUAAAUUUAAGUUGAA